AUGUCCCAGUCCCACCCACAGGAUGUGGAGGUCCCCUCUGGUGACAGUGACAGCACAGCUGUUCUGGGACCUGAGGAUGGCUGUGGUCUCCAGCUCCCCACGGCCUACGAGCCAGAGCCCCUUGCCAAAUACGGAACGCUGGACGUCGCCUUCGAGUACGACUCCAGUGAGCAGUGGUUGGCCGUCACGGUCACCGCGGCAACAGACAUCCCUGCCCUCAAACAGACGGGGAACAUCUCGUGGCAGGUCCACCUGGUGCUGCUGCCAACCAAGAAACAACGGGCCAAGACCGGCGUACAGAAGGGCCCGUGUCCCAUCUUCACAGAAACAUUCAAGUUCUCCAGAGUGGAACAGGAGGCGCUGGGGGACUACGCCGUCCGCUUCCGCCUGUACAGCAUCAGGCGGAUGAAAAAAGAGAAGGUCCUGGGAGAGAAGGUGUUCUACCUGACUAAGCUCAACCUUCAGGGCAAGAUCGCUCUUCCUGUCACGCUGGAGCCCGGCUCUGAACUCGCUGGUUGCGGCUCUGUGGUGAGCGUGUCCCGCAGCGCAGGAGCUCUGACCUACCGCUCCACCGAAGACUCGUCCCUGCCCGAGAUCCUCCUGGGUCUCAUCUACAACUCUGCCACGGGACGGUUAUCUGCUGAGGUCAUCCAGGGAAGCCACUUCAAAACCACAGCGUCCGAUAAGCCCGUCAAUGGUCUGUUUUGUUGUAUAAAACACUUUGUAGGGGGACAGCUUUAUAUCAUGAGAGACACCUAUGUGAAGCUGACCAUGCUGGACUCCAAGGGGAAGGAGAUGUCCAAGUGCAAGACGGCCGUGUGCCGCGGGCAGCCCAACCCCACCUACAAGGAGACGUUCAUGUUCCAGGUGGCGCUCUUCCAGCUGUCCGAGGUGUCCCUGGUGGUGUCGGUGUUCUGCCGCCGCAGCAGCAUGAAGCCCAGGGAGAGGCUGGGCUGCGUGUCCCUGGGCCUCAACAGCACCGGCGAGGAGCAGCAGGCCCACUGGACGGAGAUGAAGGACGCAGAGGGCCAGCAGGUCUGCCACUGGCACACGCUCAGUGACACAUAGGACGGAGAUUUACAAAGACUCAUUUUGACAGCAUUCCCUGGACGCUCAGAGCUGGAGGCAGAGCUGCAGGCACCGUGUGAGACGUGUGUGUGUGUGUGUGUGUGUGUGUGUGUGUGUGUGAGGACAGGCUUGGGCUCCUAUCUUCACUGCCAGAGACGAGUACCCUUUAAUCUGCCACUUCCCUCUAAGGCAGACUCCCUGACUGUACAAGUGAUGGUGUCAACUCCAGCUCCGGCCUCUUUAUUGACAGGAACAAACUAGAAAUGACUUCAUAACAACCGAACUAACCAAGAGCAGACGUUUUCCACUGACUCGAGCUGAAUCUGCAUGUACUCACUGUUUACAGGACAAUGUUGUUACAAAAACAUUUUUCCGUCUGUGAAACUUGGACCAAAGAGCUCGAUCCAGGACGAACAAACGACAUCUCUGGACUUCAGCUGCCACCAGCAUACCAGACAUUUCUCUAGCAGUCGCAGCCAUUGACAAAAAGAGAAUGCAAAGACUGUUACUAAAGGCCUACUACAUGCUGCAGCUAUGCCCCCAAGCUAUGCUUUCAACCGUUUGUUUACAUGCACAUGACAUUAUGCAAGAUCCAUUCAUCUGUGUUCCCCCGUUUUUAUGUUUUUGGAUGAUCAGUCAAAGCGUUUACCAGUUGUUGGGGGUAUGUGUUAGUCAAAGACAGAUUUUUUUUCAGCGUGGUCUUGCAUAACUCUGUACACUAUGCAUCUGACGCCACUUUAAACGAGACGACCGAAAGUCCGGUCUAGUGCUCGCUGAGUCCGACGGGAUUGGACGCAGCAGCCCUGCAUGCCACCGGUAUCAAAGAGCAGCUUGCUUUCCUGUGAAAUACAGAUUGAGCCUGUUUUACCAUGCAGCCUUCUGACAACUCAGCCAUGUUCAUUCAUGUAGAAACACGGUGCUUCCCGCUGAGGAGGACUAUGCAAAAGCCUGCGCAGUCCAAUAAAGCCGACAGUUUCUCUGAGGCUGUGCUGGUGACAGCCUCAGCCGCGCUCCCUAUGAAGUGGGAAGAAUUCAAAUACAGGAAAGGGUAAAUCGUAUUUGCUCAUCAUUAUAAGACUUAAUCAAACGAGAAUGAACGCUGAGAAAUCUGCGCUUUCACCUGGAACAAAGUGUCGGCAUCAAAUAAAAGCUAUGAACCCCCUCCCCUUAAAAAGACGGCACCACCGCACCCACCAGUAAAAAUCGAACCCUCUCCCCUCCUGAAGCUGAGGAGAGUAGGAUGCACUCUUCUUUCUCUUUACCCCUGUGAUGUCACAUUUCAACCCAUCAUCUGGGUUAGAUGCUGCAGCUCGUCCCUUCAGUCCUCUGAUUCAUCAUGAGAGUAUUUCAAAAGAUUUGAUGAAAACCAGAUUUCUAUCAUUCCUGCUACAUAAACAAUUGGCUCAACAGGGAAUAACAGCCACUGGGGGGGGCUUCUAACACAAGCUGGGCUCGGGUAAGUUUUGCUCUCAGCACAGUUUGUGCAUAAACCAGCCUUUAAAAGCAUUAAAUUAUGAGAUUAAGGAUGAAGAGGGGAAGCAGAAGCUACCAGUCUUGUUGUCACUUCGAGUCUCCAGAGAUUUACGGCUGAAACACAAUCCCCCUCGUAAAAACCACACAUUUUUACGUCCCCCUUUUUUUCCUCCUUGAGAUAAACGAGAUGUAAUGUGUUAAUAAUUGAGCUUCAGAGGUGCAGCUCAGGCAGAUUUUAUUAACUGUGGACAGAACCUCACUUUGAGCUGCGUAUUCAAUGGAUUCAUAUCCUUUAAAAUAUUACGUGCAUUCCAAGGUUGAAUCUAACUGAAUAAAAGGUGCAGCGUGUGUCAUUCAGCUCCACAGCAGCAUGCCAUUCAAACAGGAAGGUAGUUUUAUAUAUGUUCUGAGUAUGUGGGUGAGUACUAAUGGUUCUCAGUACUAUUCAUGUACUAAAUGAUACAUAUGAAAUGCAGUAGUUUUGUGUAGAGACAGUAAAAUCCACCAACAGAACCUCUGACCCUCACAAACGAACACGUCUGAACAUGGGAACGAGAAGAGUAUAUCUGUCUUCCAUUUCAUUUGUAAUUACCAUCUACGCACGUUUGCCGCCCGCACUUAUCAGCAUGGUACUAAAGUCUCAAUUCUAUGCUUCUAUCGUCUUCCAACAUUACUUCCAUUUCAGCUAAUUUCCUAUUUUUCAUCCCUAUUUAUAUAUUUAUACAUCAUAUCAAUUUUUCUUAUGAACUAUUCCUGGAGACUUAAAGAUUGUAAGCAAAAUAAAAUGGGCGUUUAAAAGAAAUGAUGUACUGUGUGUUCUAACAGAAAAUCAUAACACAGAAUAAACGAAGGGUUUUUAUUUCCGAUUGGCUGAUUCCCUCUGAGUGAAAGUGUGAUGAAUCAUGUGACGACUCAA